AUGUUGAGCAAGAGGCUUGCACACUGUGAAGAGCUGAGAGCACAGGUGAUGGAGGUUAAAGCUCUCCCCGGAAUGGGCACCACUAUAGAUAUCAUACUGAUUAAUGGCCGUUUGAAGGAAGGAGAUACCAUCAUUGUUCCUGGAGUAGAAGGACCCAUUGUUACUCAGAUUCGAGGCCUCUUGUUACCACCUCCUAUGAAGGAAUUAUGAGUGAAGAACCAGUAUGAAAAGCAUAAAGAAGUAGAAGCAACUCAGGGAGUAAAAACUCUUGGAAAAGACCUGGAGAAAACACUGGCUGGCUUACCUCUCCUUGUGGCGUAUAAGGAAGAUGAAAUUCCUGUUCUUAAAGAUGAAUUGAUCCAUGAAUUAAAGCAGACACUAAAUGCUAUCAAAUUAGAGGAAAAAGGAGUUUACGUCCAGGCAUCUACACUGGGUUCUCUGGAAGCUCUACUUGAGUUUCUCAAGACAUCAGAAGUGCCCUAUGCAGGAAUUAACAUUGGUCCAGUCCAUAAGAAAGAUGUUAUGAAGGCUUCAGUGAUGUUGGAACACGAUCCACAGUAUGCAGUAAUUUUGGCCUUUGGUGUGAGAAUUGAACGGGAUGCACAAGAAAUGGCUGAUAGUUUAGGAGUUAGGAUCUUUAGUGCAGAAAUUAUUUAUCACUUAUUUGAUGCCUUUACAAAAUACAGACAAGACUACAAGAAACAGAAACAAGAAGAAUUUAAGCACAUAGCAGUAUUUCCCUGCAAGAUGAAAAUCCUCCCUCAGUACAUUUUCAAUUCUCGAGACCCAAUAGUGAUGGGGGUGACUGUGGAAGCAGGGCAGGUAAAACAAGGGACACCCAUGUGCGUCCCAAGCAAAAACUUUGUUGACAUUGGAAUAGUAACAAGCAUUGAAGUAAACCAUAAACAAGUAGAUGUUGCAAAGAAAGGACAGGAAGUCUGUGUCAAAAUAGAACCUAUCCCCGGGGAAUCUCCCAAGAUGUUUGGGAGACACUUUGAAGCUACGGACAUUCUUGUCAGUAAGAUCAGCCGGCAGUCCAUUGAUGCACUCAAAGACUGGUUCAGAGAUGAAAUGCAGAAUAGUGAUUGGCAGCUUAUUGUGGAACUGAAGAAAGUUUUUGAAAUCAUCUAAUUUUUCCACGUGGGGCAGAAAUUGUUGUAAUAGCAUCAACAAAAUGAGACAAAAAAUGGAACAGAUGUAUCUGAACAUGGACAGACUGGUAUGGAAGGAAAAAAAAAUAGGUGUAUAAAAUGUUUUCCAUGAGAAACCAAGAAACUUACACUGGUUUGACAGUGGUCAAUUACAUGUCCCCACAGUUCCAAUGUGCCUGUUCCCGCACCCCCUCCUUGCCCUACCCUCUCUACUUGGCUGCUGUUUUAAAGUUUGCCCUUCCCCAGAUUUGGAUUUUUAUUACAAAU